CAAAAAAAAAGUUCGCAAAUCAUUGAAUUCUCUCAUAAACUUUCAUACUCAACACCAGAUUUUAAGUAUAAUAACAGUAAAAUCAAGUUAUUGAGUCAUUGUCGUAAGUGAAUCCUUGUUUAAUGCACGUCUGUUCAGUUGGGACACCUUUAUUCCACAAAUACGACAUUGUCCUCCUGCUCAGGUAACGAAAAUGCUCAUCAGCAGAGUACACAUGUACAUAAAUACAUACAUACAUACACAUAUCUAAGAAAGUAAACACUUCCUACUCAAAACUUGAUAUGAAAACUUGUUAUGUCAGACGGUGAAAAGAUUCCCGUACAUAUGAAAACCGCGAUUAACAAUACAGCAACAGGCGGGGAAUCAACACACAAAUAAAUUUGACUAUACAUUUGUAUACUUAUACAUAAAUAUUUCAUUCUGGGCUCUGACAAGUUAGAGAAUGUAGUUCGAGCUCAUCUUCAAUUCGAGCCCGCAGUUGCGAACAAUGCAUCAAAGAAAUUGGAUGGAAAGUGUGCAGCUCAGAAAUCUUUUUCCAAGAGCAAUACUCUUCUUGCUUGUGCUUGAUAAUGAGUGGGCUUUCGUUAGGGGACAAGUCCAGCCAACAAUUGAAGUAAAAAAAUGCACUGAAGUGAAGCAACUUAUAUUCGAAGAGGUGCGAACUUUUAGCGCUUUCAUACAUGGCGCAGAAGAAUUAAGCUUUACGGUAGAUAAUUGCAAGCCGUAUGCACCGCUAAUAGUGGGUGGAACUCCAGCAAGCCCCAGGGAAUUUCCGCAUAUUGCACGAUUGGGUCGUGAGGAGAAAGAUAGAUCGAUAGAAUGGUUUUGUGGUGGGACAUUAGUAAGUGAUAAAUAUGUUUUAACUGCAGCGCAUUGCCUUUCAUCAAGCCGCGGUGAAGUGAAUGUAGUUCGCUUGGGCGAACUGGAGUUUGAAAAAGAAUCGGAUGACGCACAACCAGAAGAUAUUCGUGUUCGUCGCUACGUCGAACAUAAGAAUUAUGAAAGUGGCACCAUUUAUAAUGAUAUAGCUCUCAUUGAACUGGAUCGCGCUGUUAAUUUCGACGCAUAUAAACAUCCCGCCUGUUUGCCAACAACCUCAGGUGAUGAAUUUGAAAAAUUUGUCGCUAUCGGUUGGGGCAGUAUCCACUUCGCCGAUGCUGAUUCAAAGAAACUAUUAAAAGUGACUCUACAUCGAUUCGAUUUCCACAGUUGUCAACGUAUAACAGAAUCUGGAGAUGUAGAUCAACUUCCCAGAGGAGUGGACAAUCGUUCGCAAAUAUGUGCUGGGUCAAAUGAAGCGAAAGACACUUGCAGUGGUGAUUCUGGUGGCCCAUUAUUGGCCUACCAUCCCAGUUUUCCAUGCAUGUAUACGAUAGUUGGUGUUACGUCUUUUGGUAUCGGCUGUGGUACACCCAAUCAACCGGGCAUUUAUACGCGUGUAUAUAACUUUAUUAAUUGGAUCCGUGACACUGUAUGGGCGUAGAAAAAAUAGCAAUAAAGAUAAUUGAGAAAAUAUUGAAGAUAUAAAAUCAAACACAGUUUUAAGUUUCGAACUAUGAGUAUCAAUUUAUUAUCGUCAUUGUCCUAGUUAAAUAUACUUCAAUUGAGAUUCUUCAUGCUCUAAAUUUAAAACAACUUAAAGCACUUGGCAUAGUUACAUUAGGAUUCAUAUACAUAUAUACAAAGUAUGUUGCAUGUACUUUUACAUACAUACAUUAUUGUUUAGCAUUUUGUAGCCGCGAUUUGUUUAUUUGCGUGCGUGUGCGUUUACGUGAAACAUACGCGUGUGCGUAUUAGAUAUAGACUAGAAAAAACUUAGAACUUUUUUUAUGUGUGCCAAUAAUUUAAAAGCCCAUCGACCAGGCGCAAAACAGCCUAAAUCGCCGUUGUGGCAAAAAUUAGAUUUGGCAACACUGAACUCCAGGCAUCGAGAUUUAUUCACCUUUAUUAAAACAACAGAUUUGUAAAAUAAUAGCUAGAGAAAAUACGGUCUAUCAAGGCAAUGCCCGUUUUUCGCACUCCAGUAAAAUUUGACUGCCAUAAGAUCGGCGGUUUUGCAAUUGGUCUAUGAGCGGUUUUGCAAAAACAUCGUCGAUAUGUUAGUAUGUCUUUCUUGAUCCUUGUAAGUAACAUUUCACAUUUCAAUACAUAUAUUAAAAAUAUAGUCUUAACUACUUUGCAUUUUUAGCAGAUUUGGGAGUAGUACACGUAUUUUUCGAAUACAACAUUUUUAAUUUCUACUGUUGAUGUAAGUGGUGAAUUGCUAAAUAAUCAGCCUCAUUAUUGCUUAAUGUGAUACCGGAAUUAAAAAGUUUCUACUAAAACUAAUAUUAUAAUAAAAAAAAAACGUUAUUGUGCCCAGAGUACCAUUUUUUCUUCAAGACUAAUGUUUAGACCGAUUUUUUUUUUGUAAUAUUUAAC